AUUUUAUAAAAUAAAUCUUCUUCCAGGUUAUAAAAAAAUGGACCCUAAAGAACUUGUCAAAUGUGAGUUGAUAAACAAUCCCAGGAAAUUUUCAGGACCAACUCUUCCUAUACCUGCUCUGGAACAUGUUUUGGAGAAAAUACCCUUGCCUUCCACAGAUUACAAAAGGAAAAGUUAUUUUUUGAGAUGUCGCCAAUGCUCCAGACUUGGAAAAAGAGGGCAGACAUCAUGGCGCUGCUCUGGAUGUAAUGGGAAACCACCGCUAUGUGCAGGAAUUUGCUUUACAAAUUUUCACUCCUGGUCAAGACGAAAUUUUCAGACACAUCUGCUUUAGAUGUGGAUCCAGCUAUAAACAUCUGCAAUCUUUGAAGCGUCAUCUAAGGUACGAAUGUGGUCAACAACCAACCAUACCUUGCCCAGGCUGUUUUAGAAAAUUUAAGUAUCCUUCGGAUAUGAAAAUGCAUCUGAGCAAAAAUCGCUGUCCUAAGAAUAGAUUAGGCUCCGAUCAGUGAGAUUUUGUUUGAUUUAUUAAGUUUAUGUAUACUUUUUUUAUAAAGAAAUGACAAAGUAAAAUGUGUUUUA